AUGGAGGCGUGGGCAGGGGCACUGCGGGGAGCCCUCCACGGGGGUGCCGAUGUUGCUGAUUUGGUCGCACGGUUUUCUUCAGGGGAUCAUCACUGGUAUGCCGCCACACACGCUCGCCCAACAUUCUGCAACGUGUGUCGAGAACCGCUCGGUGCUCUCGGUACUGCACACGCUCUCGCCUGCGAGCUAUGCAAGUUCAAAGCCCACAAGAGAUGUGCGUCACGAGCACCGCCGUCUUGCAAAUGGAGCACCCUGGCAUCCCUCGGCCCUCACCUUGUAGAAGACGCUGAUGGGAAUAUAAUAAUGCCUCACCAGUGGUUGGAAGGAAACUUGCCGGUUGCAGCCAAGUGCGAUAUAUGCGAAAAGACCUGCGGUUCCGUACUGAGACUACAAGACUUCAGAUGCGUGUGGUGUCGCAAGUGCGUGCAUGCAGCAUGCAAGCCAAGUUGGCGAGCAUCAUGCACUCUUGGUCCAGCGCGGGCUUCAGUUGUACCACCAACCAGAUUGCACUCUGUAGGCCCUGACGAUGCCUGGGUACCAGACAGACCCGCAAAUGCGUCGCCCCUUAUUGUGUUCGUUAAUUCUAGAUCAGGCGAUAAUCAAGGCGUUAAAUUUCUCCGGCGCUUUAAGCAACUUCUCAACCCGGCGCAAGUGUUCGAAUUAAGUGGGGCUGGACCCCGUCUAGGAUUACGAUUGUUUAGACAUUUUGCGCCGCUGAGGGUGCUUGUGUGUUCCGGAGAUGGGUCUGUCGGAUGGGUGUUGCAGGAAGUCGAUAAACUGGAUAUGCAUCGUCAAGUUCAAACGGCAGUGCUCCCACUGGGUACAGGGAACGAUCUGGCACGUGUGCUGGGCUGGGGAGCCUCUUGCGAUGAUGCUGCUAACCUACAAAUACUCAUAGAACGAUACGAGAGGGCCUCUACAAAGAUGCUGGACAGGUGGUCAAUAAUGACGUUCGAGCGUGCACUGACUGCUCCUCCACCUCCACCGGUUCCUCCAGAUCUUGUUGAGGAAACCUCUCUCCUCAAAAAUUUGCAGGAAAUCAUGCAGGCUGGUGAAGUGAACAAUACGGCAAGUUCAUCCCUCCGAUCGGGAUGUCUGCAGCUUGCGGCGGUGGGAGAACGCGCGGGAGGCGGCGCGGCGCGGGCGGCGCAUCGGCUGCGCCGCGCGGUUUCGCUACUACUGCAUGCGAGAGUGCACCUUGCGCACGACCACAUACGGUGCAAGUCCUGGGAGCCACUUGAAACGACUAGUGAUAGUGAGCCUGAAGCACAACCAAUUGCUGAAAAGGGCAGCAUCGAAAAGACUGAAAAGGAGCAGCUAAACUGGGCAGCUCGUGAAUGUGCGCUGGCCAGCCGAGCGGACAGCGUACGCAAGGCACUGAGGUCACUUGUACGAGCACUUACGCAAAUAUACCCACAGGGCAUAUCAAACGACGUAGAGUUCUGCGAUAACUGUGAUAGUUCAGACACUAAUACGGUUGCUGGCAAUAACGCGGUUGAGGGCGCCGAAAUGCCUGCACCCGCAUCUGAAAUGUCAGCGUUGCCUGUGCCACGUGCUUUCGCCGAUAGUCGACGGUCGUCGGCGGCGUCCGCCGUGUCAGCCGCUUCUUUACAUCCCGACAACAUUCCAGAUGUAGACGAAGACAUAGUUAAACUAAUAAGCUCAAACAAACCAGGGACUUUAAAUUUAGAUGUGGAUAAACCAGAACAGAGCAAGACUAGCUCCACUUCACCCCAAGACAGGCUCUCACUCUCCAACCUCUCCUCUUAUGACACAAGCUCCUGUAAAAACCUAACGAGACUUGAUCUAGACCACGCCACAUUUAGCAGUAGUCUUACCAUACCUAACUUAAUAGUCUCCGAUGAUAGCGAUAAGAAAGAUUCGAUAAUACAGGGAGAAACUUAUGAAUCGGACCAAUUGACUAUUAUAGACAUCGAUAAACCGUAUAAUUCUGAUGACGUACAAUAUGAGAUUAAUACAAGGGCUGCCUUCACGAGUGGUGAGGUUACCCCAGAGAGACGUUUAUCAAGUAUAGACUUGGAGAUCGAAGCGAGUAGUUCUGAAGGGUCCAAUAUUAGCGAUGACUUUAGUUUAAUAUCGGAAAUCAUUGAUGGUAAGCCUGAGGAGACUGAAGAAUCAGGGUGCAUCGGACAUAUCGAUUCGCCCGAAGUAUCUGAUACAACAUGUAUCAACUCUGAGACCUUGCACGGAGAGUCAAUUAUUGAUGAUAUUAGUUCGAUGCUUGGACAAGAUGUUCUAUUGGCAAUGAUGGGGAAGAACGGAGAAAAUGAAACGUAUACCGAUGAUACAACUUUAUUUACAUCGGACACUGUGUCAGAUAUUGCAAUGGAUAGCAGAAAUCCGAGUUUAGAGAAGAACAAGGAAACGAAAAUGAAAUACAUAUCGAAGGCAAAGAAACCGAAGGAAGGAGAGGUUGAGAAGUUCGGCUUCGAAAAUAGAGUAUUCUACAUCGAAAAUGCAACGAAGGUAGAGGAACAGAUUAAGUAUUGCAGUUUAGCACAUUUCGAAGAAGGAAAUGACAUCGCACGGAAAUCAUUCAAAAAGCAACUAAGGAAAAGUUUAAAAAAACGGGUAACAGAAGACGUGAGUUUGAUACAUCUAAUACCAAAGGUUCGUGAGGAAACUGUAACAGAGAAAUGUGAUGAAACUCAUAAAGAUGUGGAAACACCUAAGAUUUUAGUUCAAAAUAAUGACAUCUCGCCGUUUCCUCAAGUGAGUGUAGUUGUAGAACCGCCUUCGCCAUCACAUAGUGAUGAAAAGAAAAGUUUAAAGAAUUGUCCAAGCCGAAUGGCAUCAGUCCUGAGUGACAUCUUUGAUCAGGGAACAGAUACUUUAAGUGUCAACUCGCCAGAGCCAAGCCUAGGUACUGCUAGAGAAAGGCGACAGUCUGAUAACCCAAAGCUUUUAGGCUCAGAUGCUGAGUAUGGUAAAUUUUUGAGCUGCUCCCCUGCAGCUACUAGGCGAAUAUCAUGCGGGAGUCUUUUCAAGCCUGGAGAGCCUGACAAAUUAUCGACUUCUGUAUCUUCAAUAUGGGGGGAGGGAGGCGUUACCCAGACUUCUGGUUCCAAGUCUGACUCCAGUGACAAAGAACCGAACAAGAAACUCCCCAUCAUCAACCCGUUGGUCCAACUGCCAGCAUGGCCACAUGUAACCCAAGGAUUUAUUAGCCAAUGCCUCUUGGCAAAUGCUGAUGCUCUCUGCGCUGCAGUCAGUCCCCUCAUGGACCCAGAUGAGACUCUUCUAGAAGGUUUCUAUGAGAAAGCAGUAAUGAACAAUUAUUUUGGUAUUGGAAUUGAUGCGAAGAUCACUUUGGACUUCCACAAUAAGAGGGAGGAGCAUCCGCAGAAAUGUCGAUCGAGGGCCAGGAACUAUAUGUGGUAUGGAGUGCUUGGCUCCAAAGAGUGGGUGAACAGGACAUACAGGCACCUGGGCCAGCGCGUUCAACUGGAAUGUGACGGACAAAGGAUACCAUUACCAGAGCUUCAGGGUAUCGUGGUGCUGAAUAUCCCAUCGUUCAUGGGGGGUACUAAUUUUUGGGGCGGGACGAGAGGUGAUGAUAUAUUUUUGGCGCCUUCUUUUGAUGAUAGGAUUCUUGAGGUCGUAGCAGUUUUCGGCUCAGCGCAGAUGGCUGCUUCCCGUCUAAUCAACUUACAAAAGCACAGAAUCGCUCAAUGCAGAGCUGUCCAAAUCAACAUAUUGGGCGAAGAAGGCGUACCAGUUCAGGUGGAUGGAGAAGCGUGGCUACAGCCUCCGGGAUGUGUUCGAAUCAUACACAAGAAUAGAUCCCAAAUGCUUUGCAGGUCCAGAGCCCUUGAAACUAGUCUUAGAACUUGGGACGAAAAGCAGCAGCAGAAGAAUGCCUCAGCCGCUUCAGCUGGCGGACCGGGCAGUCCACGCGUCCCGCUCUCCGCAGCCGAGAACGCACAGCUACUGGCGCUGCUCGAUGACGUCAAUACGCUUGUUAAACACGUGAAACUGUCAUGCAUAAGCGAGACAGCAGCCUGCGGUGGUGUGUCUACUGGUGUACAAGUGGCACGUCGGGUCGCAGCUCAAGCGGACGCAUUACAAGACACUGAAGGAAAGUUAAUACCCGCACCGCAACUUAGGAGACUCCUUGCAACACUUGUGGAGAGUUGCCACGAAUUAGUGGAGAGCAUACCGGGCGGUGGCGCAGGCGCCGCGGCCGCGAGCGCUCUCCGCGCGCAGCUGGCGCGGACGCAGCUGCAGCACGGGUACGCCUUCCUACACACCGACGAGGUGCAAAAGAAAGGAGGAGCCAGCCGCUGGCUUCGCGGUCGACGAAGUGUUUCUGAAGGCCCCACAACAACAUACACCGCGACUCAAGUACGCACCUGGGGCGUCAAGGAAGUCCAAUCAUGGCUGGAGUCACUCCAACUUGGAGAAUAUGCGGAAGCUUUUGCGAAACAUGAUGUCACUGGACGCGAACUUCUCUCUCUCGCUCGGAGGGACUUAAAGGAUUUAGGAGUCACUAAGGUAGGACAUGUGAAGAGGAUUCUGCAAGCCGUUAAGGAGCUGCAGUGA